AUGCAAUUGACGUAGUGGUCCAGGUGCGUGACGCUCGGCGCUUGAGUCGGAUGCAAACCUGGCGUUCGGCGACCGUAUUCAUUGCGAAGUCCCGAUGCAAAGCACAAGAUUUCAAAGCAGCCCGCGCGUCUUUCUCUUUCUUCCUCUCAUUGCCCUAAGAUCCAUUCUCUUAAGAUGCAGGCAGCUAUAGAAUCCCUCACACACAGUAUAAAUUCUUUAACAAUCAACGCCAAACGGGAGAGACGAGCGAUGAAGCCAAUGUCGCAAGGGCGCUCUGCAUUCCAGGCCGACAGCGAGGCUGAACUCCAUACUGCUACAGCCCACGUAUACCUCGAAUAUGACGUGCGCUCGCCACCCCCUAAACCAAAAGCGCAUGGAUGGACGCGAUUUAUAUGUUUUUCUGAUACCCAUAGCUCAACUGUGGAGAACGUACCUUGUGGCGAUAUCUUGAUUCAUGCUGGCGAUUUAAGCUAUUAUGGGAAAGGCCUCGAUGUCACAGUUCACUGGCUAAAGUCCCUUCCUCACCCGAACAAACUCGUUAUUGCAGGAAAUCACGACGACCUUUUGGAUAUAGAAAUGUUCAAGGGAAAUAGGAUGAGAGUUUAUGCAGACGUCAAGGAUAUGGAGGCGUCUAACAGAAUGCUCACGGGCCAGCAGGCGAGGCAUUCAAAUAUACGAUACCUCGAGUAUGAAGCUCGGGAUAUCCAUACUGACGGAAAUGUCUGGAGAACGUUUGGAAGUCCAGGAACACCCUGGUAUAGUGCGGGUGCAUUUCAAUACGAAGGAAGACGUGAAGCAAAACGAAUAAAUGACCUUAUACCACAUGAUACCCAAAUAUUAAUCACUCAUGGCCCACCUCGAAAUAUCCUCGAUGCUACAAGGCGAGGAAAGCAUGCGGGCUGCAGCGCUCUCUCUCGCCGUCUCUUUUCCUAUCCACCUUCAAUCCCCCGCGGGCGGCAGUUCAACGAAGAAGAAAUGACAUGGGACUUUCUCGAACGAGAUGACCCACGUACCGCAACAGCCCUCCUCCAAGCCCAGCCCACUACCCAGAGCCCAGGAAACCUCUCGACACCACGCCAACACCACCGACAUACACGAUCGUCCCCUUCAAAAUCAACUCAUGAUAAUGAUCGAGAACUUGCCGACUGGCUCCCUCAUGUUCGCCUACACGUCUUUGGUCACAUUCAUGAGGCUCGUGGUGCUACGAUCAUUUCCCGCCAUCCAUCGCCCAUCGCCCAUGCACGCAAGGGCAGGAGUUCCAAGAACAGCCAACAAAUUGAUGUUGCAAUUAAUGCCUCCACCGAAUUUGAAAUGGAAGUUGAUGAACCCUCGAAUGUAUUUCUUCCUAAACCUAUCGAAACCGUUUUCGUAAACGCUGCAGGAAAAACACAUCCCAUCAUCGUCGAUCUAUUGCGCAUUUAACUCAACCACAUUGAUGAAUGGCUCAAUUUGGCGCAGCUUCUUGUUUAUUGUUCAAUCUCCAUCACGUUGUUCCCUACAACAUCACCAUGUUCAUCACUGUCUUCCAAGCAAAUACAUAACCAUUUUAUGGAGGAAUUUGUUUGUGGAACUUGAUCUUACAUAUCAUCCACUUCUGCCCAAGCUGCGACCCCACCGUCGAUCCCCGGCGCUGACUGAAAUGAGAUAAGGCCCCCCUUUCACCGUCAUCAGCUAGAAGAGAAGUCAAUUACUCCAGGUCUUAACCCACUGCAGCGCUUGU